UCAAGCAACAAUGUCAACCGAGUCCGAAGCUUACUUCAAACAUGAAGACGGUGCCUAUAUUGCAGCCGAUGGAAGUGACAGAGUUGCGUUCAGUUGGAUCAUGUUGAUAUGUAGAGUUGUAGUGCAAGUGACGUUGAAUAUCCCCAAUUUCGCGAAAGAUUUCAUCAAGUCAUACAUUUGGGCACCGAAGAAAUCCGUCAGGGGGUGCGUGACCGUUGUUAGUGGGGGUGGAAAUGGGCUCGGUAGGGCAUUAUGUCUGAGGCUCGCUCAGGAAGGCUGUAAGGUUGCAGUGGCUGACAUUGAUUUGAAGAGUGCUAUAAGAACUGCAGAAGACAUCCGACAGACAGGGAUGCAAGCCGAGGCAUUCAAAGUGGACGUGAGUGAUUUGCAGUCCGUGAAACGACUUAGAAAGGACGUGGAGGCCCGGUUGGGACCUGUGGAGAUAUUGAUCAAUAAUGCUGGCUUGCUUGCUGUUUCUCACAUGUCCGAAGGCUCUGCUGAAGAUGUUCAUCGAAUCUUGAACGUUAAUUUGGCAUCCCAUUUCUGGAUGAUUCGUGAAUUCAAACCUAAAAUGCUGCAGAGAAACGGAGGUCACAUAGUAGGAAUCAGUUCCGUUCUCGGUUACAUCCCGAACUAUCGAACAAUUGCCUACAGUGCCACAAAAUUUGGAAUACGCGGAAUGAUGGAAUCGCUGGGUGAUGAGCUCUACAUUAGCGGGCACAGUGAGAAAGUGAUCACCACUUGUGUUUAUCCCAGUCUGCUGGCCACCCGGAAGGAUUUCAUCAAGAUGGUUAAUGACAUUGGAAUUAUGCAAGAAUCCAUGUCUCCGGAACAAGCGGCCGAAAUCGUGGUGGAUGGAGUGUUGCGAAACAGAAGUGAAAUCAUUUUGACAUCGCUUCCCCUGCGGAUUUUGAUCAAGAUGCAUGUAUUUUGCCCAGCGAGAAUGCGUCGCAUUUUUUCCAAAUGUAUCUGUAGCAAUACAAACAAAUAA